CUCACCGAUGGUAGUUUCUAUUGGGAGAAGGUCAAAUGACUCCGCAUGUCUGUCUGUGUACAUUCCGGCGACGGCGCACCUGAAGAGGAGUCAGUCCCCGUCCCCGCCGGUUGUUGGAGCAGCGGCAGCGAGCAUCUCCGCCGGGACGCGGCGCCGUGAGCCUCCGGACGUUUGAAAAGGCAACAUCAAACCUUGACCUCCCCAAACCUCUUAGCAAAAGAGAGAAGACGCUGCCAAGAUGUUCAGCACCAAAAGAUUAAAGCAGAAGUCUCAGUCGGUGGACAUUGCCAGCCAAGGUUUCUCACCAAAGCUUGUUCCAGCCUCACCCCCAAACAAGACUCCACCACUUGUUGCCAAGACAACCACCGGCCUUGUGGUGCAGGAAAAGAACACCACCAACUCCCAGCUCCGCAACCCUCGGUGUGGAGAGCUGAAGCGGGGCUACACCAUAGACACCGGCCAGAAGAAGACCCCAGAAAAGAAGGAUGGGAGGCGCAUGUCGUUCCAGAGACCCAAAGGGACCAUCGAAUAUUCAGUGGAAUCGCGGGACACUCUGAACAGCAUUGCACUCAAGUUUGACACCACACCCAACGAGCUGGUUCAGCUGAACAAGCUGUUCUCCAGAGCAGUGGUGCCUGGCCAGGUUCUGUACGUUCCUGAUCCCGAGUACGUCUCCAGUGUCGGAAGCUCCCCCUCCCUCAGUCCCAUCAGCCCCUUGUCUCCCACAUCCUCCGAAGCAGAUUUAGAAAAGGCAACGGCAUGCUCCGAGCGACUGGUCAUAGUUGGGCAACACAUAGGGGAUUCUGAUGCCCUCCCCAGACCAGACGCCGUUCACCCCCCUGUUUUUUCUGCACUACGCCAGUCCAGAGUGGUGUCAUCCACCUCCGAGGAGGAAGAGGCGCUCACAGAGAAGUUCCUCAAGAUCAGCUGCAAGUACAUCACCGAUGGCAAGGGUGCGGUGAGCGGGGUGCUGUUGGUGACCCCCAACAACAUCAUGUUCGACCCCCACCGCAUGGAUCCGCUGGUUCAGGCCCACGGCUGCGAGGAAUAUGGCAUCAUGUGUCCUCUAGAGGAGGUUCAGUCUGCCGCCGUCUGCAAGGAGAUCACCGACCCCAAGAUCAGAGAGACCGUUCCAGAUGACCUGGAGCCUCUGCCAGCUGAGAGGCACCCCUCCCAACAAAAGGACCCAGAGCCCCGCCUGAAGGAGCGGGGGGCCAGUGACGGUGGUGUCACAGUCCCCUGCAGCGCUGAAGGCUCCAUCUCAGAAGAUGUCUUCACAGAGACGGAGCUGUCCCCCAUUAGGGAGGAGGAACAAGCGUCCACUGAGGACCUCCGCCUGGACAAGUCUUCUGGUGCUUCUUCUGAGUCUGUGCAGACCAUCACCCAGGUGGAGGCUGCCAGUUCGCAGGCCCAGGGUGAGGCCUGCAGCCAGUCGGAGGAGCCCCUAGAGGCCAGAGCAGAGGACAAUCCACCAGACACUGCCACAGAAAAUGUCAACCAGUCUCCAAUGGCAUCUAAGCAGCACAGUGUAGAGAAGUCACCAAGCAUUCCCACCACCACCACCACCAGCAGCAGCACUAGCCAGGAUCCCAGCAGCAGCACCUCUCGUCCAGGAUCCCAGAGCUCAGCCAAUUCCAACCCAGCCGGUCCACAGGGGGAAGCCAACCAGCAGACCAACGUCUCCAAAACAGACACUAUGCAACAAGGCCAGGAGGAGAAGGAGGACACAAAGGAGACACAAGAAGACAACACUCAGAACUCAGCAGAGGGGACGGGGUAUGCUGGAAGACGGAAGCAUCGUUCUCACAAGUUCCUGUGUCUGAGAGUGGGCAGGCCCAUGAAGAAGACGUUUAUUUCCAACGCCAGCGCCUCCAUGCAGCAGUAUGCUCAGCAGGGCAAAAAGCAUGAGUACUGGUUUGCAGUGCCACAGGAGAGAUCAGACCACCUGUAUGUGUUCUUUAUGCAGUGGAGCCCGGACAUGUACGGUGAGGGGGUUGGGGGGAUGGGACAGCCGGGGUUCAAGGUGGUCAAGAAGAACGAAGUGUCAGAAACGGCCGAGGAUGAGCCCAUCACUGACCUCAACGUGAAGGAGUGGGAGGUAGUGUCUCAUAUGGAGUACCACCGUCGGGUUGAUGCUCUAAACAGCGAGGAUCUGCGCUCGCUCUGCAAACGACUCCAGAUUACGACCAAGGAAGAGGUGAACUCCAAGCAUGGACCAUCCAUCAAAGCUGAGCUGGAGCCCGAGACCUUCAAACCCAACCUCACUGAGCCCAGUGAUCUCCUAGAGGCAGACCAGAUAGAAAAGCUUGCCAAGAAUCUCCCACCACGGACCAUUGGGUAUCCCUGGAGGCUGGCGUUCGGUACGGCGAAGCAUGGCAUGAGCAUUAAGACACUGUACAGAGCCAUGCAGGGCCAGGACACCCCGGUGCUCAUGGUCAUUAAGGACAGCGACGGCCAGGUGUUUGGCGCUCUGGCUUCUGAACCCUUUAAGGUCAGCGAUGGCUUCUACGGAACCGGAGAGACGUUCCUUUUCACUUUCUACCCUGAGUUUGAGGUGUACAAAUGGACAGGAGACAACAUGUUUUUCAUGAAGGGGGACAUGGACUCUUUAGCUUUUGGUGGAGGAAGCGGGGAGUUCGGCCUGUGGCUGGACGGAGACCUUUACCACGGCAGGAGUCACUCCUGUAAGACUUUCGGGAACCCCAUGCUCUCCAAAAAGGAGGAUUUCGUCGUGCAGGACAUUGAGAUAUGGGCUUUUGAAUAACACAGCGCUGCAAAACAUGGGAAUAAAAAAAAAAAGUGAAGGACAAACUGAGGAGUCCUCGUUUUUGAACAAUUGCGACGCCCCAAACCUGGCUGCACAUCACCAGGACUCCCGGGUCUGGAAGCCAGCGAUUUGGAUGCUUGUUGUGCGUUACUACUGCAGCUUUGUUUUUCUUUGUGGAAAAUUACCUUUGUGUGUAUCUUGUUACAGCCUUGUGCAGCGUCUUUGCAGAGUAGAAGGGGUGGCGCCGGGUUGAGAGGAGGGGUGGGGUGGGGCCAGGACUCGGAAGUGAGGGCUGGAAACGCUGCAAGACGACCAGACCAUCCCUUGAACUCGAUCAGAACCUCAAGUAGCUCCUGGCGCCCUCUCAGAAGCCCCGCCUCCCUGGUGGGGUUUCACUCACUGUGCUGGCAGCCUGGAGACUCAGCUGGAGGAGCGGCUGAACACAUUCCUUUAUUCUGAAGAGUGGAGUAUCCAAAGAACAGCGAUUGGGGGGAAAAAGGCUCAUCAGCAGCUGGACGUGGUGAAGAUGAACUCUGAGGGCAUCUGCUGUGCGAGCAGCGGAGGCGGGCGCGGUCCUUCUCCGUUCUGAGUAUUGUGUAUCGUAGUCCUCCCGUCGUUCCCCGUCACAGCACACCAUGGGGAAGCACAUAGCUAUAACCAGACCAUCCAUCGUCGUAACGUUCUGUUCAGUGGGUGUACGUGUGAGUCCAGUUAUCGCCGGCUCCUCUCGCAGGAUGCGAGCUGUACUGUUCGUAGACAGUAACGUGUUGCAAUAGAUUUGUGGAAUAUGCAAAUAACUGUCCUGUGACCUCAAAUGACCCGUGGGUCGUGGCACUUUCGCCGCCGCCCGUCACUCUUUCAAGAGAGAAACUGGUGAAGCUUUCCUUGAUACACAAAGCCUGAGACGUGGUUAGCUGUUUUACAUGCAUAUAUGACAAUUGUAUACAGAUAUAUAUGAUUAUAUAUGGGGAUAUAUAAUCGUAUAUACGUUGCUGUUGAGUGUGACAGUGAUACCUUUGUGCUGAUAUUUCAGCUGUUACUAUAUAAUGUAUAUUACCCUGUAAAUUAAUGUUAAAAUAGUAGAUUUGUUCCUAUAUAUAAAAAUACACAAUGCUAUAUAAAUAUAUAUAUAUAUAUAUAUAAAUAUAAACAAAGUGUGGAUUGGUGGGUUGCUUCUAGCACUUUAAUCUGGUGUGAAAGCGUUGAGACCAGACUCUUAGAUUCUCUAGCAGUAGCUGUACAGUCUUUUUCUUUGUUUAGGUUUUUUUUGUAUCGUUUAGAUCUCGCUGGUGGGAAGUUUGCCGCCGCAGGGAAAUCCCCCACGCAGGUCUCCUGUGGUAGGAGGCUGACCAAACGCGCAGCCGGUCUGAGUUUCUCCUCACGCUUGUCGGGCGGCGGAUGCUGCAGAGAAGCAGGAGGGUGUACAGGACGGGACCCUCCCCUCCCCUGUGGAGCCCUUUACCCUUUAUUCUGGUCUUCCACACCAGUAUUUGUGUCCUUGUGGAACGUCACAGGUAGAACAUGGAGAAUUCUUUCGAUUGUUUCACCAGAACAAUGUAUCAGUGGUGUAUAAUUAACAAUAAAGUUGAAUUAAUUGUUGUAAUGA